GGCGAAGGCAUCAGCAUCAGCCUGCGUGCUCUCUUUGGUUUUAGUAUUGAUUCUGAAGUAUCGCUGAUUGCAUGCGGGUGGAUUGUUAGUCCGGUGAAGUGCAUUUUUCCUCUGGCUAAAGGUGCACCCUCACACCUGUUCGGCUAUGAAUUAAAGUUAAAAUCCGGUAAUCAAAGUAACAUCCAUUUGUCGAUGCUAGUUUCGAAUAAAACUAAUAAAAUCUAUUAAAAAAGUCAUCCUUUCAAACCUCGCUAUUAUAUUAUUUCUUUGCUUAAAACAAUAGACACAGUUUUUUUCUUUUCCUAUAAUACUACCCGGAGAACGCAUGCCUGGAAAAAGCUGAUUACUCCAUAUUCCAUACCAUGUGCCGUACCUUCUAAUAGUGCAUUGAGUGGGAUACCGCAUAUACACAACACACGGCGGCGGCGACGGUGGUAGCAGCACACGAAGAAUCUGCUGGGGGCGAAUAACACUCAGAGUGGAUUUUAGUUUAGUCUUUGGUCGUGAAUAAAACGGUUCCGUGUUCUCAUCAUUAGUAGACAAAUUGUAGUAGCAUAAGAGCCGGGCCGGAACUCCUGGAAACACAUCAAAUCAAUCAAAGAAAAAAGAAAUAAUGAAUCGCGGAUGUAACAUUUACGUUGUCGUCUUUCGUGUUUUUUUUUGUUUUGUGGAAAUAAAUUAGUUAAUUAAUCAAAAAAGAAAAUUGAAGAGUGAUGUCGUUUGUGUCCAAGUAAAAAAGGACUUUCUGGUUUUCUUUAGUAUAGAAGUGGAAGAAAAAAGAUUGAAAAGCCUUUAAAAAAAAGUAGAUGUAUCCUCCAAGUUAAGUGCCUUUGUUCUGUGUUUGUUCUUUGAUCUAAUAAUUUAGCACUUUAGUAAAAAAAAGUAAAAGAAAAGAGCCCUCCUCUCUGUCUCAAAACAACCCCCAAGCCUACCCCUAAAAAAGUUUUAAGCUAUCAUCGGCAGUUUAGGAUGACGUUAAGUCCUCCAUGAAAUUUUGCUCCUUCUGGAUAAAUCAAUAUACCUAACCAUCAAGAAAAUAAGAGAGAAAGCAAAUAUAUAUAAUAUUUAAUUCCUUGCCCUCCUCGCUGUCGUCUCCUCUGGCUCUGUCUCUGGCACUGGCACUGGCUUUGGAUUUGGCACUUGUCUCUGGUGCUGCUGGAGCGCGCCUUGUGGAUGCUUAUCGUGAGACAUGGCUGCAGAAGGUGGUGGUGGCAGUGGUGGUGGUGGUGGUUGUACCAACCCAAUUCCAAUAACCAGUUGCAGCAGCUCAUCCGCCUUGUAUAAGGCAAGGAGCGAUGGUGGCUGUGGGGGCGGUAUAGCCACAUGUGCUGGAGAGGGUAGACGAGGUUAUCUGAAUGGUACUGGGAGUUUGGGAAGGAUACGCAAGCAAAAGAGCAUGGACACCAGCGAUGAUGAUUUCGAUGAUUCACAGGUGGCCCAUAUCCAUGAAAGGUUCAAAUCGGAUCGAAUAGCUAUAACCAAGCCUGAGGAGGACCGUCGAAGGCGAACCAUAAUUGUCGAAAAAAAAAAUUCAAGCUUUGGUUUUACCCUGCAGAGCUAUGGCAUCCAUUACAAGAAGGAGCAGGAGGUGGAAAUGAUAACUUAUGUUGAUUAUGUGGAGUAUGAUGGUCCGGCUUAUAAGGCAGGAAUGCGAGAGGGCGAUGUCAUACUUUCCAUAAACGGAACCGACAUGGAGAAGGCUGAUCACAAGACACUCGUGGCCUUUAUAAAAAACUGUGAUACAAGGAUGCGUAUGGUUGUUCUUUUUGAGGAUUGUGUGCGAAAGGUUAAUCUUCAUAUGCGUUAUAUGCAGUUGCAGAAUAUUUUGCAGAGCAAGAUGAAUGAGUUAGAAAGAAUUUGUCUGCGGGAACGGGAACUUCUCGAGGGCAAAUGGAAAACGCAUAGUCUUCCAGCAAGAAAGAAGGCCACAACCUCACCGACUGAUGGCGAUAACGGAGUAUCUCCCACAGCCGGCGACAACCAAACACCAUUCUACCGACCAACUUUAUCCACCGAAGAUGUGGUCAACGUUGGGCGCCAUCAAACACCAACCAUCAUUCCACCACCAGCUCAGUUCAUGUUAACUUAUCAAUACCUAGAUCCUACAUAUCGAUAUGUUCUUAAGCCGUCGACGUCAAGCAGUAGUGGGGAAUACUUUAUAAGUAUGAGUGGCCCGGUGCGAAGUCCCAGUGAACAACACUUCUUCAUCACUAGAGCAGAGUCAGCUGAAAGUGGAGGUGUUUAUGUGACUCAAAAUCAGCAACAGCAACAAGGUCAACAGCAAUCUCAACAACAUCAGCCUCAGCAACAGCAGCAGCAGCAGCAGCAACAACAACCACAGCAGCAACAACAACAACAGCAACAACCACAAUCCCAACAGCAACCUCGACCCAACCCACCAGUUCCACCGCCUCGAACUUGUGAGAAGCACCAACAUCCUUUGACCCAAGAGAAGCAUCUGCAGAACCAAGUCAAACAGCCACUGCCAGAAAAAGAGCCAGUAAAAGCUCACAAGAGUCGGCAUUGUCACGGUCACUCUUGCAAUCCGUGUGUUGGACAUUUCGGUCGCAAGUCGUCAGUUGAUAAAAAUGGAGAUAAUGUAAGCUUGGAUGCCUACGAUUUGGCUAGUCCUUGUUGCGACACUCAUUGCGUUCCCACUCGUCGACGUGCUCGGCACCACAAGGAGCAUCACCAUAAGCACAAGCACCGCGAAAAAGAAUCCAAGGAAAGACCACCACGACCAAAGUCUCAAUCACAUGUCUCACCGGCGACAUCUACUCGCCACCAGCAUCACCACCAUUCCACACAACAAACAACACAGGCCCAGCAAUCAGUUCCACACCAACAUCAACACCAGCAACCACAACAGCAGCAGCACCAAUACCAUCACCAAUAUCAGCAAUCGGGGCAUGGCUGUGAUCCGAGUAAAGCCCGUUCCCGUUAUUAUGACCUAACAGCUGGAUUGGCAAGUCAUUGCAGUCUUCACUCCUGCACGUCAAGCGAAUUCGCCCCAGCUGAUAGUUCGGCAUCAUACACUACUUCUCUCAGCACAGAUACUCUCUACUGGGAUCCACAGAGUGAAGGAGGCGCAAGUCGCCAACAUUCCACAAAGUCCCGUCAGUCUUAUCACCAAAGCACUGGGCAUCAGCAACAGCCAGUUCAACACGGUGGCACUCUGCCAGCCCAGCAACCCCAUGGAGUUUAUCAGCAGCGAUAUCACAUCUCGGCCACGCAAGUUCAGCCAUCACAAAUCUAUCCGACUUCUCAAUGUGCAAACAAACCGAAGUCUUGGGACAAUCUCACCACCAAAUCAAUCGGUGGCUAUGGCUUUGGCUACGGCUACUUGGACAGUGUUGGUCCAAAACCACCUAUCAAACUGCAAAUAGCACAGCAGAGACACUCGAUUCCGCGAAAGAAUCCCUACGGUCGUUAUUCCACCUACACCGAUGUGGAGAACUAUGCUCCUCCACCGUCGCAAUUCGUGGAAGAACUCACCACAACCACAACGACUAUAACAACGACCAAAUCUACAGAGGAACUCAUUGGUCCGGUACAAUGUGGUGGUUCCGAUGUCACAAUCUGUGAUUGUGGUAAGACUCAGCCUAAAAUUAUACCAACAUCAGCUGCUUCGGCUGCAGCGGCGGUUCCUCUUCAAUAUCAUAAUGCUAAGUACUCCCACCAUAGUAAUUGUCGGUUAGGAUAUUACUCGAAUCUGCCAAGACCAUUAGCCAAUGCUGCGACAUCGACUUCAACGGAAAAUGGCGAAUCGCAGGUCCACACAAUCUCCGAGAUGACAAGAUUGUAAGGUAUAGUUGAAGAUUGUUUUUUUGUAAAGCGAAGAUCUAGGCUAAGAGAAUAACAUAAACGAUUUUUAUUAUAACAACAUUCGACUAAAAAAUAUCAAAAAAAAGCGUAUAAUAACUCAAUGCAAUUCAAAUGACUUAAAAUUUGUGUUGUACUUCAAUUAAAUGUUUAACCGAGAUUAUGGUCCAAAUUGAAUUGAAUCCCUAGUGUUCUAUAAAUUGCUGAAGAAGGUUUUCAUACUUUAAAAUAUAAUAACAAAUCAAAACAGUCAUUACGAUAAAACAAAUAUUUUUUUGUUCGGGAGCGCGUAAUUUUUAGUCACAAGCAGACGGACAAACUUAAAAAAUUCAUUUUCUAAAAUGCCCUGUAAGCCAUAAUGUAAAAAACAACCAAAUAUUUUAUGAGAUUUUUCCAUUGAAAUGUGUCAAAAUGUCUGUUUUUCUAAUUUUUGUUUAGUUUCAUUGGGCAACAUUGUUAAAUUUGUCUUUCUUUUAAGAUCAAACUAGAAAGCCUUAAAUGUUUUGAUAGAUUCUUAUGCUGGCUAAUUAAUUUAUCAUCUGUCAGUUUGACAAAUGUGAGUUAAGUGAUUUGUAAAAACUGUGUUGAAUUCUGUUCACCAAUAAAUCUUAUUCUUUAAUUAGGAAGCAGCAAGCUUAAUGGGUGAAUCACAAACACGCUUCAGCUUCGGCUUCGUCUGCGUUACGGUGGGCCUGUUUCGAGAUUGCUUUGAAUGACAUUUCUAUUAUUUCAUCCCUUCAAAGAGCAAAUAUUUUGUUUGUUGACAUUUUUUACAGCUGUUGACCUGUCAGACAAAGCAAAUGUUUAGAUCAUUGAACUAAAGCUUCCGUUUGGAGUCACAUUACGUUACAUUACUUUCUUUUCUUUACGAUUGUCAAACGAAGCGUGAGGUCGAAGCUCCAUUGUGAUAGCAUGCAUUGGAUUCAUAUGCCUGAACUCGUAUACGUCAGGCGAAGCCGAAGCUGAAGUGUGUUUGUGAUUCAGCCAUUAAGACGACGCAAUAACAAGAAAUCAGUUUUAAAUCUUGUUCUAUUGACGGUUUUACUUUAUACUCUUUUAAAAGCGAGUCAUUUUGAUAUUUCAUCAUUUUAUUUCGCUUUCACUUUCUUUUUUUUUAACUGUCAAAUUGGAAGGAUAUAUAAGCGUCGCUACAAAAUAAUCCGUUGUAAACACCGUUAUUCGUGUCGAAAAACGUCAAUAUUUCUUAUUGAAAAUUAAUACCUCCAACGGAAAAACCCUAUUACGAACUGUCACUGUCAUGAGCAUGACAUUAUAAGCGUUGAACUCAAAGUAAAUUUAUCUAACGCCGAACAAAUUAACAAUAAAGGCGCCC